CGGUUUUUUUCGUAUGACCCACCCAUCUUGAAUUUAUGGUUUGGUUGCACACAGUAUGCAAUUUCAGUUUGUUUUAUUCAGCGUUUUGAGUACCUGAAGGUAAAAAGAGAUACAUUUUCUUUCAUAGUGAUAGUAGUGCCAUAUUAUUGGGUCCAAGCGCUAAGUCGUUCUUGGGUUCGUGUGCCUCUCGCUUGCAUUGGCAUUUCAGCAGAGCGAAAUCUACCGUCGAUUUUUGUUUCUCCAGCUUCCCCUUCUCCCUCUGGAAAUCAUCACUUAAACCUUUACAGUGUUCCUCCAUAAUGUCAAGACCAGUAAGGAACAGAAAAGUGGUGAACUACUCGCAAUUUAACGAGUCUGAUGAUGCAGAUGAGGAGUAUGGUGACGCAAAACCCAAAAAGGUGCGCACAGCACCCCGUGAGCAGAAGCCGAAGCGCUCAAAGAAUUCACAGGAUGAAAGCGAAGACUCUGAGGACAAACUCUCCAAAUCCAAAAAUGAUUCUGCAGAUGACUUUGGUAGUGAUGAGGAAGACAACGACUUUGGCGAGGAAGAAGAAGAAGAUGGAGGAAGUGACUAUGAAGAAACAAAGGUUAAAAAAGGAAAGAAACCCAAAAUUGAGAAGUCUGGCAGACGGACACCCAAAAGAAAGCGGACCACAGAUUGCAGUGAUGAUGAUAAAGAUGUAAGUCGAAAACGAACAGUACGUCAGGCAGCCUCCAAGGCAGUGUCAAAACAAAGGGAGAUCCUUCUGGGUGAUGGUGGCAGUGAGGAUGAAGAGCAAGAAGAGCAAGGGGAAACCUUCCUUGAUCCUGAUGAAUCUGGCAGCGAUGAAGACUUCAUAGUGGAAGACGACGAUGACAGUGACUAUGGCCAAUCCAAAAAAAAAAGUAAGAAGGUUAUUCGACGAGGCCGAAUGGAAAAGGAGAAGAAAUCGCCUAAACCCCGGUUAAAGGCAACAGUAAACCCCAGCCCUACCAAAGGUAAGGGGAAAGGCCACACCAGCACCAAGGCGCCGGAAAAGAGUUCACCCAAAGAGGAGGAAGACGAUGAUCCCGAGAGUCCCUUUGAAGAAGAAGAGGGGGAAACCGAGAAGAAAGAUGCAUCCCCUGCCCCCAAGGUGACAAAAGGUGCCAUAGAAGAGGAGGAGGAGGAGGAAGAUGAAGAGGAGGGUGGCUCAGAAGAGGAAGCGCCUUCUGGAGAAGACUAGAUCUUACACCAUAAAUUGUCCAUGUUUAAUUUUUUUGUUUGGGUUUUUUUUUUUUUUUUUUUUUUUUUUGUCCUCUUGGUGGCCUGGCUACAUGGUUUGGACUAGUUGUGCUUGUCUUUUCUCUCCACUGAACUUGAGCAUGGAUCACAGUCCACCCAUAUGAUCAUCAGCUUCAGCCAUUCCUUUGACCUAGUCACCAUCUUCGAUUAACAAGACAUUCUACGACGCUUCUAAUAUAAGCCUACUGAUAUUUCUUUUUGGUUCAUUUAGAGAAUCCGUCCUGUGUGAACAAUUAAAAAAAAAAAAAAAAAAAAAAAUUCAUUUCCCCCACACACAAAA